AUGCGUGUUGGUUAUGAGGUGAUUGUUGUAUUUGUUGGAGAUUUUCAUGCACAGCGAUUGUCAAACUCGACAGCAGAACAAAACUUAGCUAAACGUAUCAAUUUGACACAUACCUUCCUUUUAAAAAUUGGUGCACACGUUGUCAAUCUUCCAUGCAAUUCAUCCUAUGCAAUUAAAAUGAGUCAGAUAGUUAGAGUGUUUGUUGGUUUUUUACCCACAGCAAUUGUGCAAGAUAAUGACUAUAUUAUCACGGCCGACAGUGAUUUAUUACCUGUGAAAUUCUCAGAAUAUCAACCAACAACUGGGACUGAUGGAUUUAUAUUCAACGCCUUUUGUUGCGGAAAUUUUAAACGACGAUCGAAAUCUUAUCGAAUGUUUCCAAUGGGUCAUAUCUACCUGAGAAAAGAUGUUUGGAGAGAUCUUAUUGUCAAUUCUACACAACGUUCAGAAUUAUUAGCUAUGGAACAAAAUCGAACUUUUCAUUUAUCUUUAACAAACAGGACUGAAGAUUCAUACGAGAAAAAACUCUUGUCACAAUAUUCCAAUUUAACUUUGCUGUUGCAGGAUUUUUCCUUCAAAUUUGAGCUUAUGACAUUGUAUAUGAGACAUGAAUUUCGUUCUGUAUAUGAUCAACAGAUGGGUAAAGGUGAUUCAGCAUGGUACAUGGAUCAAGUUAUGGUUAGUAUGUUAUUAACUGAUUAUAGGUCAAAACAUCCCCAACUUAAAAUAAGUGAACGUGGACGAAUCGGUCGACUAGAUCGUAUUUCACCCAUGUCUUAUUGGGAUCGUGAUACGUUCAACGAAUUUGGUGAUGCCCAUUUAAAACAUGAUGAAAUCUUACAACCCGAGAACUGGAAAAUUUUUAAUAAACUUUUAAAAUUUCUUUUUAAUUACACUUUGGUUGAUAUUAUGAAUGAUUAUUACAGACAGUACAUAAUAAUAACUAAAACAAAAAAAUAA